AUGUCAACCACGCAGGAGCAAGACCCAGCUCAUAGUAGCCAGAAUGUAGUUGAUGGUGGAGAGGACCGUGAUCCUGGACUCACUGGCAUCCCUGUGAUUCCCCUUGCCGAAGGGUCAGAUGGGGUCGCAGGGACUGCUGCCUUUCUGGCUUCACAGGCAGUCGCCAGAGCUCUUCUGGAGGAGGGUGCUAGGCAGCAGGUCACUCAGCCCACAAUCGAGGAGAACAGGGACAUCCCAUCAGCAGAGCAAGAGGAGGACCUGGAGGAGGGUGAAGAGGAGGAGGAAGAAGAGGAGCUGGACUAUGACAGCAUGGAGAAAGAUGAAUACGAGGAGAAAGACCAUGAUGAUGAGUUUGAAGGCAUAGAAAGACUUGGAUGA